CUGCGAUACAGUCACAAGAUCAAUAAGGAAAAAAGGUGGUCACGCGUCGGUGCUGAAUUUAAUUCCCGAAAUUGAACACGUAUCUAUUCCAAAGCAAUUUAUAGCAUAAUAUACAGAAAAACGGCGAAGGAAGUGGAAGCUAGUGAGAACGCAGACUUCUGAUAUGCGGUGUGCUCUGUAGGAAUACCUUACGUUUCGUUGCAACUAGCAAAUUACGCGAAAACCUUUGAAAUUCUGGAAGCAUGCACAGAAACGAGUGUCUCUGAACCUUGACUGACUGGAUCUGGAAAGGCCUAAAAAAUCAAGCUCAGAACCGGCCAUUACCCAUUCAGAGAAGAUGGAAGGGGAGAAGAAAAAGCAAGUCACCUGUUUCCUAAUUUUCUCCAUAUCCACGGUUGUCAUCGGCUCCCUGCAGUUCGGCUACAAUACUGGGGUCAUCAAUGCUCCUGAGCAGAAACUACUGGCCUUUUUCAACAAGACUUGGGUUGAGAGAUACAAGGAGCCCAUUAGCCAGGGGGUGAGCACCACCAUCUGGAGUUUCUCUGUGGCCGUGUUCAGUGUUGGAGGCAUGGCAGGCUCAUUCAGUGUUGGGAUUAUGGCUGACACUUUUGGGAGGCGGAAAUCCAUGAUGUUGGCCAACAUCCUUGCCUUGAUUGGAGCAGCACUUAUGGGCUUCUCACUUUUGUGCAAGUCCUUUGAGAUGGUGAUUGCCGGGCGCCUGGUGAUCGGCCUGUUUUGCGGGCUGUGUACGGGGCUCACCCCCAUGUAUGUGGGGGAGGUCGCCCCCACAGACCUCCGGGGGGCCUUCGGAACCCUGCACCAGCUCGGGGUGGUCAUCGGCAUCCUGGUGGCGCAGAUCUUUGGCUUAGAGGCUCUGCUGGGCACAGACGAGCUCUGGUCUGUGCUGCUGGCCGUGACUGCCAUCCCAGCUGUGCUGCAGUGUGCACUGCUGCCAUUCUGCCCUGAGAGCCCCCGCUUCCUCCUCAUCAAACUCAACAAAGAGGAAGAGGCCCAGCGAGCCCUGGUGCGGCUGCGUGGGACUGAGGAUGUGAGCCAGGACAUGCAGGAGAUGAAGGAGGAGAGUUUGAAGAUGGCGAUGGAGAAGAAGGUGACCAUCCCCGAGCUGUUCCGCACUUCGGCCUACCGGCAGCCCCUCAUCAUCGCCGUCAUGCUCCAGCUCUCCCAGCAGCUCUCCGGGAUCAAUGCGGUUUUCUAUUACUCAACAGGUAUUUUUAAGUCUGCUGGUGUGACCAAACCCAUUUAUGCAACCAUUGGAGCUGGAAUAGUCAACACUGUUUUUACUGUGGUUUCUCUCUUUCUUGUGGAGCGGGCGGGGCGAAGGACCCUGCAUCUCCUGGGAUUGGGUGGGAUGGCCAUCAGUGCUCUGCUCAUGACCAUCGCCUUGCUGUUGAAGGAAAUCCCGUCGCUAAGCUACCUGAGCAUUGUGGCAGUGUUUGCGUUUGUGGCCAUGUUUGAGUUGGGGCCCGGGCCCAUCCCCUGGUUCAUCGUGGCCGAGCUCUUCUCCCAGGGGCCACGCCCUGCCGCAAUGGCCGUGGCCGGCUGCUCCAACUGGACCGCCAAUUUCAUUGUGGGCAUCAGCUUCCCGAAACUAGUGGAUUGGUGCCAUGAAUAUGUCUUCAUAAUCUUCAUGGUCUUCCUCAUCCUAUUCUUCAUCUUCACCUUCUUCUGUGUUCCUGAGACCAAAGGACGGACCUUCGAAGAAAUCGCCCGUAGUUUUGGGGGGGCCGCCUCUGCUUCGGCUCCGGCCCCAGCUCCAGAGGGCGCGGUCACGCUGCCUGCUUCACCCAGCAAAGAGAAGGUCCCCUUGGUGGGGGUCCAGGAGGAGGCCACCUCUGCCGAAUCCAGCUCCAAAGCUUAGGACGUACUUUUAGGAUGUUGUAGAUGCUAUUACAUCAAAGGGCAGGGGCUAAGACACAGAUACAGUUAUGGGGUGAAUCUGCUGAGGGCUAAACGACAUGGGAAAUAGUUCAGUAUUUGGACCUGCUUUAUAUACACCGAUCAGCCACAACAUUAAAACCACCUGCUUAAAUCAGUUUUUUCAUGAUUAAAAAUGUUUUAAACCGUAUAAACGUGUCUAUAAACACUUAAUAUUUAAUUACAUGAUAUGUGUACUUAUAUAAGCAGAUAAGCGAAUUUCCAAGAUUUCUAUUUUAAUUUAAAAAUGUAACUUUUAAAUGCAAUUCACUAAUUAUUAUCUGCUUGUGUAAGUGCACAUAUCAUCUAAUGAAAUAUUAAGUUUAUGCAGCAUUUUUAAACCAUUAAAAAAAAAAAAAGAAAUUUGGGAGUGGUAAGAUAAUAAAGAUGUGGCCCUUUUUUUGGUUUUUGGCCCUUACUACCCUUUGUUCCACCAGCCUGGAGACCCACGUUUUGAUUAGGCUUCAGCAUUAUCCCUGCCCUUUGCUGUACAGAGAGUGUAGGGGUGCAUUCAAUAUCCACAGGGGCUCCAAACAUUCUGACAGUUUUUGCACCUGAAAAGGUCAGUUCACUUGAAACAGCUUGCGCUUUGCAGCUGAAACCCUAAUGGCAGAACUCUUUAGCAGAUGUCAAAAUCAGCUCUGUGUUUGGAUCAGUGUUGCUCACACUUUAGAAUUGUAGCUCUGCCUAGUUCAUUGCUGUAAGGGACAUGAAAAGAACAUCCUGAGCACAUUUGCUAUUUUUAUAAAUAGCCGACAUGUAUAUUUGUAUUGUAUUUCAAAUGAAAUUGCGGCUAUAUUAGUGCUUAGGAAAUUCAUAUUACCCAGUGUCAACAGGCUGUUUUUAUUUCUUGAGGUGGUAAACCAGGUCGAAUCCUCUCUCUGCCUGGAGUAACUUUGCAGCUGAGUGUUCAAUUUGGAACUGUUCCGUGUAUUGAAUGCACCCCACGUCAGAUGUCUUUUAUACUGUCCCCUCCAAAGGUAUUGGAACAGCAAGGCCAAUUCCUUUGUUUUUGCAAUACACUCAAUACAUUUGGGGUUGAGAUAAAAAUAAUUUCAGCUUUUAUUUCCUGGUAUUUACACCUAGAUGUGUUAAACUACUUUGAACAUAGCACAUUUUGAUAUCAGACCACCCAAUUUUAGGUAAGCAAAACUAUUGGAACAGCGAUUAUUUCAGUAAAUGAAGGUAAAUAGCAGUUAAUAUUUGGUAUAAUAUUCCUUGCUUUCAUCAUGCCUGCAACCCAUUGACAUCACCAAACUGUUGCAUUCUUCUUUUGUGAGGCUUUUCCAGGCUUUUACUGCCGCCUCUUUCAGUUGUUGUUUGUUUCGGGGGGGGCUUUUCCUUCAAUCUCCACUUCAGGUGGUGAAAUACAUGCUCAGUUGGGUUAAGGUCUGGUGAUAGACUUGGCCAGUCUAAAACCUUCCACUUUUUCUCCCUAAUGAAGUCCUUUGCUGUGUUGGAAGUGUGUUUGGGGUCUUGCUCCAUGAUGAAAUUCUAACCCAAUUAGUUUGGACGCAUCAUGCGUUAUAUCAUCAAUAAAGAUUAGUGAGCCCACUCCAGAAACAGCCAUGCAAGCCUAAGCCAUGAUACUUCCUCCACCGUGCUUCACAGAUGAGCUUGUAUGUUUAGGAUCCCUUUUUUCGCCACACUAGCCUUUCCAUCACCUUGGUCUCAGUCCAUAAAACUUUGUUCCAGAACUUUUGUGGCUCAUCUCUGUACUUCAUUGCAAAUUGUGAUCUCACUUUUCGAUUCUUACUACAGAUGAGUGGUUUGCAUCCUGUGGUAUAGCUUCUAUAUUGCUGCUCUUUGUGAUGUCACUAACUGAUGUUUUGGGGGUUUACUUCACAGCUGUCAUCGACAGCUUCCUUGAUGUUUGAUGUCUGUUGCUCAGGCGGUUUCUUUCUUUUGCAGCACAUUCCAACUUGCUGUACAAGCUAUCCUCAAUGCUUGUGUAAUGGCUCUGAUCUCUUUUCUAAGCUUCAUGUUGGUUUAUAUUUUCUAACACAAAUGCAGUCUUCAGAGGCCAACCCCAAAGCUAAAACCAAGAGUAGACAUUCAGAACUAUUUAUUGUUUAACGAAUCAGUCUAAAAAUACACAUCUGGGCAACAAGAAACACCUGUCAGUCACAUGUUCCAAUGCUUUUUCUCACCUAAAAACUGGGUGGUCUGAUACAAAACAGGAUAUGUUCUAAGUUGUUUAACAAAUCUAAUUAAAAUUAUAUCAGGAAAUAAAAGCUGAAAUUAAGCUCUGUCAUCUCAUGUACAUCUUUUGACCUCAAACUCAAUUGUCUUCAAUGUACUAUAUGAAAAACAAAGGAAUUGACCUUGCUGUUCCAAUACUUGGAACUGUAUGUAUGGGACUGUAUGUAUGCCUGUUUUAGGCUGGUCUUCAAAAUCGUAAUGUUAUCGCCUAGCUUCUUUGGAAUCCAGAUCUAUCCAGAUUUCCUUUGUUGCAGAAGUUUGUUCUGGCAGCUUGUUGGGAAACAUUUUAGCUGUGAUCCAUUUUAUGUUAGCUCAUCCAGUUCUUUGGAUAUUAAUGCAGACACCAUGUUUGCAGGUGUGUUUACUGUACUGCAGUACCGUUUCUUUUCAAAAGAAUAAUAGCAGCUACUAAUAGCCACCUCGGGUCUCUACAUUAAGAUAAAUACCAAAAAAAAGUUUGAAGGGUUAAUUAGUGAAGUAGAUUUCGUUAAAGCAUAAAAGUAACAGAGCUCUCAGGUUAUGAGCUUCCAGGCAAGCCUUCAGCACAGCUGGGUAUGCCGUAACAGUUCUGUCCAGACUAAAGGAAGCCUGUAAAGUAUGGUUGUGUGUGCUACCAAAAACCUGCAGAUUGCUAAAGGAAACACAGUAAAAGAAAACUUGUUGAGGGGUUGAUUAUUUGUGUUGUGUGUAAAUGCUGAAUUGGCACUAUGGGCCAAGUUCACAGACACAGAUUAAGCCUAGGAGACUAAAUCAAUUUUGAAUUGAAUUUAUUAUGUGUAUUAGAUAUGAGGUUGUUUCAUCCUUGUGGCUUUCAGUCAUGUUUUAUAAAUCACUGUUUUUUGUGUCUUCUGAAUCCACUACCAAGGGCAGAUUUUGCGUUUAAAUGUCCCUGCAUGCUUAUGAAUUUUGAGUAGCAUUUUUCGUUGUGGUUAAAGUGAGCCAAGACAAUAAUCUCUCUCAUUAACGUCUGUUUGUCUGCAAAAGGAGGAGCUCACUGAAUUAAUUGAAUGGAAUGGAUUUAUGAAUGGAUUCAGGGCUCGUAUUCAUAAGGUUUCUGAGUAGGUGUGCUGAUAUGGAUUCAGCGUUGGAUGUGUGUGUCAUGGUUCUAGAUCAUCAUUCCUAAACUUGCCCUUUUCCCCUCAACACGUCUUCAGAGCAUUGCUGCCAGAUGAUUGGCUGAUUAUUUGCAUUAACAGGCUGAUGUCUACCUAAUAAAGUGAGUGUAUGUUCACUUGGGGCAAAGUUGCCUCACAAGUUGCCAGAAGGAUAGUUUGUAGCCCUGAGAGAACUUUGAUGAGGCUCAGAUUUAGAAUGAAUGUGAACAUCAAGAAAGGCAGAUGUUGCAUUUUAGAGGACAUUAUUCAAAUAAAUCAAUAGAAAUCUGGAGUUUAGUUCAGAAUGCUUUGGCAACACUGUUUAAUCUGCCAUUAAUGCCAUUAGAGCCUGCAUUAAUUAGGACAGCAAUCUUUAGAUAGAUGGAAAGCUCAAAUCUAAGAACAUUUAGCUAUUUCAUAUACUGAACAAAUAUCAAACAACGAAGAAAUAGUUUAUUGUGAGACAUUUAUUUACCUAAGUCUACCAAAUUUAAAACAUAAGUAUUGAAUUUACUGUAAUUCUCAUGUCAUCAUAAGUCGUCAUAACAUCGUAAAUAACAAAAGUAAUAGGUGAGAUAUUAGAUUUUUGCUGCGGUGAAUCUGAGUGCUUUUCAUUGACUUAAUUGAGCCAAAAUUAGGACAUUCUAUGAUUCUUUUUAUUUGUAGUGAAGGAUCAGUAUUCUUUCAGUACUGAUCUGUUUAGCUUGAACAGUGUCUGUUGGGAAUGAGAUUACUAUUUCUAUGGGUAUCAGUGCAGUUUUCACACCAAAUGGCUUUUGAGAACUCAAGUUCACUGUCACUUUGUUGUCUUAUGUGUUGUUGUUGGAAGAUGUCUACGAUUGAAAUGUAAACGUGGAAAAUGUAAAAUGUAAAUGUUGAAAAAACGUGCCUCCAUCUCUUUCAAUGACUGUGGAAUCUUGUUUGCUUGGCCAUGUAAAUUGUAAUACUAUGGAACAGAAAAGGUCAUAUAUUGACUCUGGUGCAAUAUUUGUAUUUAAAGAGCACACAGUUGCCUCUAAAAGUAUUGGAACAGCAAGGCCAAUUCCUUUGUUUUUGCAAUACUCUCAAUACAUUUGGGGUUGAGAUAAAAAGAGACAAGAGAGACUUUUAUUUCCUGGUAUUUAUACCUAGAUGUGUUAAACUACUUCCCUUUAAUUUCCUCUUCAGAAGGUGAAUUGCAUGCUCAAUUAGGUUAAGGUCUCAAUUGGCUUACGACUGAUGACUGGUUUACAUUUUAUGGUAUAGCCUCUAUAUUGCUGCUCUUUAAGUCUUCUUCAAAUGGUGGAUUGAGAUACCUUCACCCCUGCCCUGUGGAGAUUGUUUGUGAUGUCACUGACUGAUGUUUUGGGGUUUUUCUUCACAGCUGUCACAGUGGUUCUGUGAUCAACUGCUGUUCUUUUCCUUGGUCGACUUGCUCAAUGUCUGUUGCUCAGUACGGCAGCUGUUUUUUCUUUUCUUCUUUUAUUUUUUUUCUGGACAUUCCAAGUUGUUGUACUAGCUAUCCACAAUGCUUGUGCAAUGGUUCUGAUUUCCCCUCUUUUCUAAUCUUCAAAAUGGCAGGCUCUCUGGUCUUCAUUUAUCUUUUCUAAUGCAAAUGCAAGCAAAACCCAAGGCUAAAACCAAGAGUAGACAUUCAGGGCUAUUGUUUAACCAAUCAAUCUAACAGGACCCAUCUAGGCAACAAGAAACAACUGUCAGUCACAUGUUCCAAUACUUUUACUCACCUACAAAUUGGGUGGUCUGAUACAAAAGGUGAUAUGUUCGAAGUACAAAUCAAGGUACAAAUACUAGGAAAUAAAAGCAGAAAUUCUGAUCUGUCAUAUCAUGUGCAUCUUUUGACCUGAAACUGAAUUGUCUUCUGUGUAUAGCAAAAACAAAGGAAUUGACCUUGCUGGUCCAAUACUUUUGGAGGUGACUGUAUAUGUAGAACUAUAUUACAUAGCUAUAUUUUGCAAUCACGUAUGUGUAUAUUUGUGCAAAUUAUUUAUUGAGGUUGUGAUAAAUGAACAAAUGUUGUGGCGUAAAAUGACAAUGGAGAAUGUGCAAACCUUGCUUUUAGUAUGUUUGUGUAUGUGUCACAAUGUAAAAUACAUUCCUUGUUUAUGGCA